AUGCCCAAUAUUCUGAAGCCUGGGGCUCAUAUAUUCAUCGACGACGGACUCAUUUCAGUGGCUGUUAAUAGCAUCCAAGGCAAAGACAUAAUGUGCACGAUCGAAUAUGGCGGUAAAUUAGGCAGCAAAAAAGGGAUCAAUCUUCCUGGUACUAAAUGUGAUUUACCUGCCGUUUCUGAUAAAGACACUCAAGAUUUGAAAUUCGGUGUUGAACAGGGUGUUGAUAUGAUAUUUGCGUCAUUUAUUCGAAACGCUGAAGGUGUGCGUGCAAUUCGGCGUAUUCUCGGCGAGAAAGGAAGAUUUAUUAAAAUUAUAGCGAAAAUUGAGAGCCAAGAAGGCGUUGAAAACGCAGAUGAGAUAAUCAGAGAAGCUGACGGGUUGAUGAUAGCGCGCGGUGAUUUGGGUAUUGAAAUUCCCACUGAGAAAGUAUUUGCGGCGCAGAAAAUGCUAAUCGCACGAUGUAACGUAGUCGGGAAACCCGUUGUUUGUGCUACGCAAAUGCUCGAAUCAAUGACUAAGAAGCCAAGACCUACUCGAGCCGAGGGCACAUCUGAAAUGAGCUUAAUAUGGUUGAGUGUUUAA